GUCAAUUCAAUUCUCCUUUAGAAGCAGAAAAUGAGAAGAAGAAGAAAAUGUUGAAAAACCCUAAACCCCAGCUGGAGGAGGUAGCAGCAUAAGCAGAACUUGGAAUAGGUCCUUCACCAUGGGCAAAAUCCCUCCUUCGUUCCGCUCCGCAAUCGCAAACCCUAACCUCCGUAACCCCUCUUCACUCUUCCGUCCCCAACCCCAUCACUUCCCAAACAAACACCAACAACCUCGAAAACCCUCUAAGCAACAACAAAAACCUUCUUCUCUUCCUCUCUUCAAAUCCCCAAACCUCGAAGACGCCAAAAAACUCUUCAACUCCAUCGCCAACUCUUCCUCCGACCCCCGCUUCCCCAACUCCCUCCUCCACUCCUACGCCAAACUCGCCACCACCCCUUCCGAUUCCAUCAAAUUCUUCAACCAUAUCACCAAAACCCUACCUUCCUUCUCCCCCGACCGCUCCACCUUCCACAUCCUCCUGUCCCACGCCUCCAACAAUUCCAAUUUACUCUCCCCAAUCCACCAAACCCUAAAUUUAAUGCUGGCCGCCGGGAUCACCCCCGACACUGCCACCGCCGACGUCGCCGUCCGGUCCCUCUGCUCGGCCGGUCGCCUCGACCACGCCGUCGAAUUGAUCAAAGAAUUCGCCUCCAAACACUGCCCCCCGGACACCUACACCUUCAACUUCCUCGUCAAGCACCUCUGCAAGUCCAGCACCAUAACCACCGUCUAUGCCUUCAUCGACGAAAUGCGCGAAAAAUUCGACGUCAAGCCUGAUCUGGUCACCUACACGAUCCUCAUUGACAAUGUAUGCAAUGGGAAGAACCUGAACCUGAGGGAGGCGAUGAGGCUGGUGAGUGUGCUUCACGAGGAAGGGUUUAAGCUUGAUUGCUUUGUUUACAACACCAUUAUGAAAGGGUAUUGUGUGUUGAGUAGAGGGAGUGAGGCGAUUGAGGUUUAUAACAAGAUGAAGGAGGAAGGGGUGGAGCCUGAUCUUGUUACUUACAACACUUUGAUCUUCGGGCUGUCGAAGUCCGGGAGGGUGACCGAGGCGAGGAAGUUGCUGCGUGUGAUGGCGGAGAAAGGCUAUUUUCCUGAUGAGGUGACCUAUACUUCACUGAUGAAUGGGUUGUGUAGGAAGGGGGACGCGCUAGGGGCCCUGGCCUUGUUGGGGGAGAUGGAGGCCAAGGGGUGUAGUCCGAAUGCGUGCACGUAUAACACGCUGCUGCACGGGUUGUGUAAGGCGAGGCUGGUGGAGAAGGCUGUCAAGUUCUACCAGGUGAUCAGGGCUAGCGGUCUGAAGCUUGAUACAGCUUCUUAUGGGACGUUUGUCAGGGCGCUGUGUAGGGACGGGAGAAUUGCAGAGGCGUAUGAGGUUUUUGAUUAUGCUGUUGAGAGCAAGAGCUUGACGGAUGUUGCUGCUUACUCGACAUUGGAGAGCACGCUUAAAUGGCUCAGGAAGGCGAAAGAACAAGGGCUCGCCAUUUGAUUGGUGCUUUCUGUCACUGCUACCAAGGAUGUAAGAGUUGGUUGCAAAGGUUUGGCCUAACUCCAUAAGUGCAUACCAAAGCUGCUAAUACAAUUUCUAUCGGUAUUUGGUUGCUAGUAUAUCUUUGCUAACAGUUGGACACAACUUCGCACUGGAAUCAGCCAACAAAACAAAAUUAUAUAUUCAAUGGUCGUCAUGCAACAGCUUCCUCUGCAGCUGCUUGGUCAGUCUUGCUGACAGUAGCAUUCAAUAAUGAUUAUUUGAAGCUCCUUUCUGGAUGUCCUGGCAUGCUUGAUUCCAGAGUGCCCUUGAUGAGGAAAAACGUGUAAAGUUUAAAGAAAAUAUUGUUCAUAUAUUUUGAAUCUUAUGAUUCUGUAAUAGAUCCAGAAUUCCAGGUGACUAAUUUGGAAUAAAGCAGAAAGGCACAUUUGAUUGUUUUCACUGAUAAAAGAGCUUGGAGAUGCGACAUUCAUUUGAAUUUGUAUCAAGAUAGUUGCUGGUUGCAUUAGGUACCAUAUCAUUCGACAAGGUUUUGUGGAAUGUCCAUGUUUCAUAGAAA